AUGCCCGCGGCCGCCCCGACACGGGUGGAGCGAGCCUUUCUUUCAAAAGCCCAGUUUCUUAUAUCCACAAGCAGCAAAGUCGCGUUUCAUAUUCUUGGGUGUAGAGCCGUGCUGCCUGCCAUGAAUUCUAAUCUAGGUUCAGUCGCCAACGACGCACAUGUUCAAUCAAUGCUGAACAAGUAUCACCUGUCCACACGGGGUGCUUGUAACUAUGCAUACCGGGAUGUCUGGGGCCCACGAGAAAAGUCAAUGGGAGACCCAUGGUCGCCAGCCAAUCCAGCCGGGACCGUCAUUCUCCGCCUUGCUGAGAAUAGUCUCAUGCAUAAGGAGGUUGGCGAAUUUCUCCGUGCACAGAUGAAUGUUUCGCCAGUGGAACAUCUAACUUACAGCACUGGUCCACGUGGUUCCCGACGCCUUCGACGUGCCGCAGCUGCGUUCUUGACCGAGAGAUUUCACUCUCAAAAACAUACCACUUAUCACAAUAUUCUUGUGACUCCCGGCCUGGCCAGCGCUAUUGAUGGAAUAACUUUUGCAAUUUGCAAUGAAGGGGAUGGGAUUUUGAUCCCUCAGCCUUUGUACAACGGCUUCAAGGUCGACAUCCUGAACCGGAGUAAUGUUCGGGUGGUUGGGGUCAAGUAUGAAGGAAUCGAGGGGUUUACGGGCCUGGAUGACCUUUUUCUACCGGACGUGAACAAGGUAGCUCUUGAAACUGCUCUUCGCCAAGCAAAAGACGAAGGGAUCAACAUUCGCGCCCUACUAGUUUCCAACCCGCACAAUCCUUUGGGAAGAUGUUAUCCCCCUGAAACGCUGCGUGAAUUUGCUUCUUUCUGCGGCAAAAACGACCUGCAUUUCAUCUCAGAUGAGAUUUAUGCAUUUUCUGUCUUUCCGAAUCCUAAGAUCCCAAAGCCCACUCCGUUUACCUCUAUACUCGCUCUGAACCUUCAUGGUGUUAUUGAUCCAGCCCGCAUGCAUAUCCUCUACGGUGCAAGCAAAGACUUCUGUGCCAACGGACUGCGCAUGGGCUUUGUCUGCACGAAUAAUGAAGGCAUCAUGGGUGCAAUGUCCAGCAUUGGUAUAUUCUCUUGGUCGCCCCAUGUCCUGCAAGAUGCCUGGGCUGCCAUGAUGGAGGACAAGCAGUGGGUGGAAAGAUUUAUGACCCAGAAGAGGGACCUCAUGGUAGACCGGUACAAGAUGAUAACGGCGUUUCUCUCCAAGCAUGGAAUUCCCUACUACGAGAUGAAUGCUGGACUAUUUGUCUGGGUCGACUUACGUCACCUACUAGUCUCCAAAUCAUCUGCGCAGCAGUCAGACUAUAGCGCCGUGAGGGUGACCUCGCCCGACGCUCCAGUUAAUCUACAGCGCGAGCUGAGGAUCGCAGAGAUCUGCGUUAAAAACGGGGUCAUGAUCGCCCCUGGUCAUGUAUAUUUACCUGAAGAGCACGGCUGGUUCCGUAUCACGUUCACGGUAGGGAAAGAGGCACUGGAAGAAGGGUUGAACCGUUUCUUGGCGUCUAUAAAAGAAAUAGAGGCUGAAAGUCAAGAUAGGAUAUGA